GCGCAAGUAUAUGUGCUUUUUGGUAGUUGUGCGGCUGUCUGGUGUCUCUCAGUGAUUCAAGUGUGUGCCAGUCGGUUGAGAAGUCGGCGCCGUUGUAUGCGUAUGACUGCGGGUUGAGAUAACACGAGUGAAUUUGCUAAAGCAAGGGUUGUUCUGUGUGGUCGCACUGAAAUUACUACAGCCCAUGUGCUCUGCUCGUUAAAAUGCUUAUCAAAGAAUUCCGUGUCACUUUGCCUCUUACAGUUGAAGAGUAUCAAGUGGCUCAGCUGUACUCUGUAGCAGAAGCCAGUAAAAAUAAUACUGGCGGUGGAGAGGGUAUAGAAGUGCUAAAAAAUGAGCCAUUCACAGAUUAUCCUUUGCUUGGUGGAAAAUAUUCUUCAGGUCAAUACACGUACAAGAUUUAUCAUUUAGCUAGUAAAGUGCCUGCUUUUAUCCGUAUUAUGCUGCCAAAGAACUCCUUGGAAAUUCAUGAAGAAGCUUGGAAUGCUUAUCCUUAUUGCAAAACUGUUAUAACCAAUCCUGGAUACAUGAAGGAAAAUUUUGUAAUUAUGAUAGAAUCAUUUCACAUCGAUGAUGUUGGAAAUCAACAUAAUGUUCAUGAAUUACCUCCUGAUAAGUUAAAAAUGAGAGAAGUGGUACAUAUAGAUAUUGCGAAUGAUCCAAUUGCAAGUGCUGAUUAUAAAGAGGAUGAGGAUCCAACAAAAUUUAAAUCUGUAAAAACAAACCGGGGUCCGCUUGUCGGUAAAGAAUGGAAGAAUAAUGUUCAACCUGUGAUGACAUGCUAUAAAUUAGUCACUUGUGAAUUUAAAUGGUUUGGUCUACAAAACCGUGUCGAAAGUUUUAUUCAGAAAGCAGAAAGGCGUCUUUUUACCAAUUUUCAUAGGCAAGUGUUUUGUUGGAUAGACCGUUGGUACGGUUUGAGUAUGGAAGAUAUUAGAGCAAUUGAAGAAAGUACGAAAGAAGAAUUGGAUAGGCAAAGACAUCAAGGAGAAGUAAGGGGUAUGCGAGCUGAUGAUUGAGGCUUUGACAGCUUCUGUUAUGAAUGGUUAAAUUAAUUUCCUUAUACAUCUUAAAUAAAUUCACAUACGUUUUGUCAUAGGCGAUCCUGCAGGAUCGGGACAAUUUCCAGAACUUAAGUGUCUAGAUUCAGUGUCUAUUACAAUUACUUACAAUUUUAAUUUAUUUACAUUUACAAACGUUUUAGAUAAAUAUAUCUACAGUCAAAGAUUAUAAUAUAGCCAAUAAUGAGAGAAAGAACUGAUAAGUCAGUUUAAUCUAUAUGAUGUAAAAAUAUAUAAAAAAAAGAGUACAGUUCGAUAAAAAUCAAUAUAGGUGGAAAAAGAUGUAACUGUUAUUUAACACCAUAGUAGUUCGAUAUUAAAAUUUAUGAAUAAGCUGUUCAGAAUGCUUACUAUAUAUAAACAAGAAUACUUAACACAGAAAUCGCGAGUCUGAUAAUAAACCUAUAGCUUGAUUUUAGACUUAUUGGUUUUUACUUUGAGAAAGGGAACAUCAUGGUAUGAUCUACAAUUCUUUAAGCCCAGUUAUACAAUGUACAAUAACCCCCAAAAAAAAAAA